UUCUAACCAUCAUCCACCCCCUCCUCCUCCUCCUCCUCCUCCUCUCCUCUCUCCACUUCUAUCUCAGCUCUGCGAAGAAGAAAAACGAGGAAACCAAGGAUUGAUGUGUUGCUCGACUUGAAAUUUUAUAUAUAUUUUUUUGGCGCACAUGAUCCCCCCACGCCUGACAGCCUUGCCAAAAUAAUCAUUGCUUUUGACGAUUUCUGAUGAUUUUUUUUUUUUUUUUAUGUGAUGACAGUAAACGGCUGUGUUUGUGUGUGCGCUCGUUGUGCUCCGUUUGGCCGUGAUAUAUCCGUGUAGGAUCGUUUGGAUGCUGGAGGAAGAGGCUCUGACGCUACGGGAAGCUUCGUCCAUCCCUCCGUGUCCUCCUCAUUCCAGCGACCGGCUGCAUGACCGGUGAUGCUCGGCCUCUCCGUCUGGAUGCGCCCCUCUCUCCGCGGUGUGCCGUCGGUACCGCUGCCUGUAUCCCCCUAUAGCAGAUUUCCACUGUCGCCGGAGAAAGGUCUAGGGACCACAUAUGGAAACUGGGGAUCAGAAUUUUAGGAAAAAGGAAAACUAAGCAGGCUGUCGUUUGAUUUUCAUAACUUAAUAUUUUUUCCUCCUCUUUUUGGCUUGAUUUUUUUUAUUUGGAGAGAGGGGUUGAUCGUCCCUGGUUGGUUUAUUUUCCUUCAUCUCUUAAGGAAUGGCUCUUUUUCAUGGCAGUCAUGGUACCGGCUGAUUAUUUGGCAUUAUUUAUCAUUCUGUCCUUGAUUUUGGGGGAGCGCUUCAUUCUGCUGGUUUGAAUUUGUUCUUUCAUUUCUUUCAGCACAUCCAGUCCUUAUUUUUUUUUUUCCAACAUAUUUUGGGCCCUGCCUGUCUGUCUUGCCUGUCUUGCCUCCCAUCACCUUCUUCCCACAGAAUACAUGUGAUAGCCUGUAUCUUCAGAAAUGCCUGUGAUGAGCCUCCAUAAUUCACUGAUCCACUGGGUUACAUCAAGGUAGUCAGAUCUCAUCCUGAAUUGUGUCAUCAUCUGUUGGAGGUCUCUGCUUUUGCCUUCUUUCUUUCUUUUUUAGGCCAUUUUAAAGAAAUCAGGCCGCCAACUGUGUUAGUCUUAACCACCCUCCCACCCCCACACCCCAGUGUUUCUUCAUCCCUGUUCAGUAUGAAUUAAUUCACACUGCGUGCAUGCGUGUGCUCGUCCGUGUACAGGUGUGUGCGAGUGAAAGUUUGGCUCUGUGAGCGAAUGUGUCUGUGUUUGUGUGUGUGAGCUGGAGAAUGACAGUGUAGGCUGUAUGUGCUGGCCUAUGUGGGGAGAAAAAAAUCAAGCGCUACAUGCACAUCAUUCCAUACAUCACCGUUGAAGCUGUGAGGAUUGUAAUACAUGUAAGUGCAUCAGUCAGCUCAGAAAGCCAAAUUCAGGCCUGAGACGACCACAGAGAAACAGAGCAAAAUCCUCCAUCUUCUCAUUAUCUUGGCCUUUUUCAGAGUUUGACAUUUAGAGGCCUUCCAACUCAACAAAGUAGGCCUAGAUCCCAGACCACGUCUCUUGUGGGAUCUGCUAGAAGCCUGUGUUUUUAGGUCAACAUUUUUUUUUUCCAGAGCAGGGCAACUUACUGCCACUUGAGGACUAGAUUUCAGAAACCUAAGUAGCUGAGGGUUCUGUCAUUCCCACCAAAGUGUGUUUGACCCAUCUGUUGGGCCAAACAACUUCCCAUCCACCCCCAAACCUCCACCCUCGUUUUAAUUUUUCACCUGUUUGCUGUCCCACCCAAAAACCAACCAUACGAUUUCCCCCGAGCUCCCCUAACUCCCCUGCCCCCCCAGCGGCCCCCCGCUACCGUCGUCCGCCCGACACCGCCCACCCCCCGUUUUCCGAGCUGGCGUGGCGACGCAAACUCACAAAUAUUUACUUCCUGUACAUCAAGAGGAAAGGGGGCCCCCCUUUCGUGGAAUGCGGCAACAUGGGCGUGUUUGACCGCGGAGUUCAGAUGCUGCUGACCACGGUAGGGGCCUUCGCCGCCUUCAGCCUUAUGACCAUUGCCGUGGGGACAGACUACUGGCUGUACUCGCGCGGCGUCUGCAAGAUCAAGAGCACCAACGAGAACGAGACCAGCAAGAAGAACGAGGAGGUGAUGACGCAUUCGGGCCUCUGGAGGACCUGCUGCCUGGAAGGUUCCUUUAAAGGCAUGUGCAAGCAGAUAGAUCACUUCCCAGAGGAUGCUGACUAUGAGGCAGAUGCUUCAGAGUAUUUCCUACGCGCUGUACGAGCCUCAAGUAUCUUCCCCAUCCUAAGUGUGAUCCUGCUCUUCAUGGGGGGGCUGUGCAUCGCUGCCAGCGAGUUCUACAAGUCACGCCACAACAUCAUCCUCAGCUCCGGCAUCCUCUUCGUCUCCGCAGGCCUGAGCAACAUCAUAGGAAUUAUUGUGUACAUAUCAGCCAACGCUGGGGACCCUUCCAAGAGUGACUCCAAGAAGAACAGCUACUCCUACGGCUGGUCCUUUUACUUCGGUGCCCUCUCCUUCAUAAUGGCUGAAAUGGUGGGUGUGCUGGCUGUACACAUGUUCAUCGACCGCCAUCGGGAGCUGCGCGUGGGGGCACGAGCCGCUGACUACCUCCAAGGUGCGGCCAUCACGCGCAUCCCCAGCUAUCGCUACCGUUAUCGACGCCGCUCACGCUCUUCAUCCCGCUCUACAGAUCCCUCGCACUCCCGCGAGGCAUCACCAGUGGGCCUGAAGGCCUUCGGGACGCUGCCUUCCACCGAGCUGUCCAUGUACACGCUGCCCAAGGGCCAAACGGGCACCCCGACAGCCACCUAUAACUCCACGGAGAGGGACCACAACUUCCUGCAGGUCCACAACUGCAUCCAGAAGGACCUGAAAGACUCAAGCGGCCACAGCAACACCGCCAAUCGACGUACCACUCCUGUAUGAAACUGAUAGAGGGACCUCAGACACUUCAAAAAAAGAAAAAAUCAGAGGGAAUUUGGGGGGAGGUGGCAAAAGACAGAUCAAGGUGUAAGGUGACGGGAAGCUUAAAUGGAUAGAUGGAGUGAGGGGUAAGCGACAGAAGGGAGGUUCUGAGCGCUCCACAGCACCUCAGAUGAUCGCUGAGUUUCUGUUUAAAAAAAAGGAAACAGAGAAAAAAAUGCAUAAAAAAAGAAACAUGCAUGAUUUUCCCAUCUACCAUUGUUUAACAAGUUUUGAACAUGUUUGUAAAGAUUUGAAGGGGAGGAUGGGGAAAGAGGAGUCGGGAGGGGGGGGUGGCCGGUGGUUGUCUGUCUCGGGGCUGUGGAACCAUGGAGUGCUGGGCUGGGCCAGACUGCCUGUUAAAAGGUGAACUUUAUAUUUUUUACUCUUCCUCAGUCUGAUGAAAAGGGGGCGUAGUUGACCCUCGGCCCCGCCUAUGAUCCCUCCUUGCACUACCAUCCCACAAGCCCCCAAACACGCACACACACCCUUAACCUCCCUUAAUCCCCACUCCUUUCUUUAGUUGCUGUAUCUUCUUGAUUUCAUUCUUUAUUCGCAUUAAUACUGUGAACCAUUGCGGUGUGGGAUUUUAGCAGGGAGCAAUUCAGGCCGCAAAAAAAUAAAAAAACAAAAACAAACAAAAAAAAAACAAAACACAUAAGUUAAUAUAUGUAUUGAUUAUAUAUAAAUAUAUGAAUAUAUAUGUUAAUAAAUCAUGACUAGACUUCCCUGGCGCAAAAAUAUCAACAAGGAAAAAAAAGAAAAAAAAAGAAAACAAAGUAACCUACAAGUGAAACUAAAUCAAGUCGUCAUGGAAUCUAAACCAAGAUGGAGGAUUCAUCGUGACUGGCUCAUUUGACGGGCAAAGGCUUCAGCCUACUUGAUAAACUGAUAUUGGUUAGUAUUAGACACAUCAUCACAUUCUUUUACAACGACAACAACAAAAAAAUAAAUAAAAAAAUCUUUUGGCCUUCCGCCGGAACCCUGGCAGCCAUCAUCGUUGUUCAGGGUCAACUAGAGGUGAAAAGCUGACUUUACUUUUUCUUUUUUCUUUUUUUUUUGCUCCAUAAAGGAGCGGAGUGAAGAGAGAACUCUGGGUAAUGGAGGAUCUCUCUGCAAACUUGAAGAAGACUGUGGACAUUGAAAAGUCACUACUGCCAAAGACACAAAGUAGUGCGUGAGAGAACAUGGCUACCAGCGAGGUGAAGCUAAGUGACUCCAAAAAAUUAAGAAUUUACAUGCAUGCUAAUCAAAAUCAUCCGAUCUGCUUUUAAGGAACCUAUGUUUUGAACAAUUGAACAAUGAUACCAUGUAAGGGCAGUGGGGUGACAAAGUAGAAAUUAAUGUUACAGUACUGUGUCUACUUCAAUUUUACUUUAUUUUACUUCUUUUGUUUUUUUUUGUUUUGUUCUUUUUCUUUUUCUUUUGAGUGGGUAAUUUGGGGUGGGGCUUCAUUACGCUUGAAACAAAAAGAACAAACUUUGGAGAACGUAUCAAGGCUUUUUUUUUUUUUUUAAACAGAAGAAAAUCUUAUCUUGCCUUUUCAUUUCAUUUUAUUUUAACGGUUCCUUUGAACUCUCACACAGCCUUAGUCUCUUUCUUUGUCUCAUUUUUCUUGUUCUUUGGUUUUUGCGUUGUGUUGUUGUAAAUGAGAAUUUUAAAAAAAGCGUAAUGUCUUUCAAGGUGCCAAAACUGAAUGAUUCUGAACUUGGAUGCAUCAAGUCCUGAUGACGAAUAAAAAUUGAACCCCCCCGUAGGGAACAGAA